UGAGGGGGGUUUCACUUCACCUUAAGGCAUCAAAUAUAUAUAUAUAUGUAUAUAAUUCUAGUGAAAUUUCACCUUGCCAAAUGUAUAGGGAUUUUUUAUAGAUAUUUUUAAGAGUAUUGUUUCCAUAACUUUCGGGCGGUUCCGGGCACUAAUCUCGCUGAGAGACGCAAAACUGCAAUGUCGCUAAACACGGUCGGUAAAUGUUCACUUACGGGCUCCGUUAGUGUCGACAUUCCGGCGAUUCCGUGCCGGAAUAUACGACCGAGAUCUACAUUCAUGUCCCUUUCAAAGAACCCACUAAACGGGCGAAAAAACCUCGCCGAAAAGGACCUCCACCCCCGCGAAGCUCGCAUCGUCCCGGCUAUCUCUUUAUGCUAAUGGAAAGAGUGGCAUAACCGUUCCAGAGACGCAGAAACGCCAAGUUCAUUCGAACGCCAUUCGUAUUCAAGGCGUUUACCGCUUUCCGCACUCUACCGCCAUCUAGAGGUCCUUCGCGCACCUAAACGGGACUAUUUUCGAGCCCGAAACUAUUUCCGCGCCCCUUUCGCACAAAAGCCGUCCGUUUUACAUUGAAAUGCCCACGUGAGUGAGGAAACGGGACCUCCCCACAUUGGAGUGGGUCUAUGGCGUAAAGAAACGCUUUGGUGCCUGAACUUCGCCGCAUAUACGCCGUGAGAUGACAUAACCGUCCGAAUGAAAUGCAUUAUUACCUCGCUGAACUGGCACAGUGGAAAAAAAAAUGGAAAAACGGUCAUAAUAGAUCGCUCCACGUCACCAGUUUCCCUUAAAACUAACCUACCGAUCGCCAAAUUAAUAAUUAACGACCUCGCCGACGUGAAUACGAGAUGAUCGGCGCCAUCUUAACCGGUACUCGCAAACAUACGCCUGAUGCACAUGUCGCCCUUUUAAGGCCCACUUCAAACUUCCGCCAUUAAGUUUAACGGCUGUACGCCUAGAUGUCGCCUUUUAGGAGACGCAUUAAAUAAUCAACGGACAUUAUCCCUACGUGUGAUCGAUAUUCCAGGGGAUAGACUGGAUAGGGUUAAUCGAUCGGCAGCGCGCGCGACAAUCGCCGCCAUUUUGGGCCAAAAUGGCGGCGAUUCCAGAAACAUACGGGACGCUGAUGCACGCGUCGCCCCCUUAAGACCCGUUCUAAACUUCUGCCAUUAAGUUUUACGAUAGGCGGCCGUACACGUUCGCUCCUACGUACGCCUGCGAGUAAUGCCCGACAUAAGGGCUACCGAAACUCGUUACCGACCGAGCAAGGCACGCCGAAUAAGGCCUGCCCUCGGUUUCGAGGGCGGCUCUUCGAUGGGAAAAGAAAAUCCACAUCUCAGGCGAUACGCGCGAGGAGAAACUGUAUAACAGUAAAAUCGAUUACAUGCACGAUGCUUAUUAAAUGAACGGCGGUAUUUAAAAUCCAGGAUGGGAUGUUUUUUUAAUUAAAAAUCUGAAUAACGCGAUCGCGUCGCAUGAAGUUCGUAGAAUCAAGAUGGCGGCUCUUGGAUAGAAAAAAGAAUUCCACAUCUGAAGCGAUACACGCGAGUAGAAACUGUAUAACAGUAAAAUUCAUUACGUGUAAGAUACUUCUUAAACGAACCACGGUAUUUAAAAUCCAGGAUGGGAUUUUUUUUUAAUUAAAAAUCUGAAUAAUGCGAUCGCGUCGCAUGAGGUUCGCAGAAUCAAGAUGGCGGCUCUUCGAUUGAAGAAGGAAUUCCACAUCUGAAGCGAUACACGCGAGUAGAAACGGUAUAAUAGUAAAAUCCAUUACGUGUAAGAUACUUCUUAAACGAACGACGGUAUUUAAAAUCCAGGAUGGGAUUUUUUUUAAUUAAAAAUCUGAAUAACGCGAUCGCAUCGCAUGAGGUUCGCAGAAUCAAGAUGGCGGUUCUUCGAUAGAAGAAGGAAUUCCACAUCUUCGGCGGUACGCGUGAGGUAUGGUGCAUCGGCCAGAAGCGAUAGAGUAUUCUUAUCAGGGUCGAGCACCGAACAGCCAUUUCGGUUCACGUAUAAAUAGAAUGCAGAGAGAGGUCUCUCCACGAGGGCCGACAAUGCCCGACCUCGUUCACGCGUCCCCUUAGGUGCGAACGUGCACGCAUCCAGCCUCGCCGGUCCAGAGAGACCAGCGAGAUGAGCGAGAUGAACGAGACGAGCCGAACCGACGGGGACGCGUGUGCGGUGUGUCGAGUUGCAGCAACGCAAAAGUGCAGCGGCUGCAGAAACGUCUUUUACUGCAGCCGCGAGCACCAGAAGAAACACUGGAAACUGCACUCGAAGAGGUGCAAGACGGUCCAGGUGGAGGAGACCCCUAAACUAGGAAGGCAUUUCACGGCCAUAAGGAACAUCGACGUCGGGGAAAUCGUCCUGAGAGAAGACAAGCCUCUCGUGUCAGGACCUCCUCAAGAUACUCCUCCUGUUUGUCUAGGAUGUUACGUCGUCCUAACAUCCUCUACGGCCGUUCCUUGCAAAAAAUGUGGAUGGCCUCUUUGCGAGUCCUGCAAGUCGCACGGACCAGAAUGUGAAUUCACCUCCAAACACAAAGAAACGAAGGUCUCCAUCACUGAUUACGGAUACCCUCACCCGACAUAUCGCUGUAUCACUGUAAUAAGAGUGCUCUCGUUGCGAGAGUCGGACCCGGAGGUUUAUAAGAGAUUUUCCAAUUUGGAAGAUCACUGCGAAAAAGCCUCGGAAAUCACCCAGGGGAUAAACGACGUCCUCGAGGUCGCGCGAUUCGUCAAGAGGUUCUUUAAUCUGAAGGACAUCGAUGAGAAAGAAAUCGGCAAAAUCGCUGGAGUCCUACAAGUCAAUGGCCACGAGGUGCCGAUUACCGAGCCAUCUUACGUAUCCGUAUACGACCGUACAUCGUUUCUAGAGCACAAUUGUCGAGCCAAUUGCUCGAAAAGCUUCACCGGAAAAGGUGGAAUAAUUAUUCGCGCCGCCCUUCCUAUAGCAAAAGGUGACCACAUAUCCAUUUGUUACACCGAUCCUUUAUGGGGAGCAUCUAACAGAAGGCACCACCUUUUGCAGACAAAAUACUUCGAGUGCGCCUGCGAGCGCUGCAAGGACCCUACCGAGUUUAAGACAAUGUACAAUGCAGUGAGAUGCACCAGAACCGGAGGAUGCCCAGGGUACAUGCUCCCCCCUACGUUCGUCAUCUCCCAGGAGAACCUCCCACCUUACACUUGCAACAAGUGCAGCGCAACGAUGCCUUUCGACGAGGUCGAGGACUUCCAGCAGAAGGUCGGCGUGGACGUCGCAGGGAUGCAGAAGGACGAUGUCGAGGCUUGCAAGGAUUUCCUGAAUCGUUAUGCGGACCGGCUUCACGGGAACCAUUAUUACAUGACGGACGUGAAGCUCGCCCUGGCGCAGAUCAUCGGACAGAAGGAGAGUCCUUUCUUGCAGGCCGUCGACGAUGAAUUGCUCAAGGAGAAGAUCGUCCUCUGCAAGAAGUUGGACGAACUCCUGCGCGUCCUCGUGCCUGGUCGGUACACGCAGAAAAAUCAUUUGGUUUAAUCAAUUUAGGACAUUACCUCAAACACGCGAAAAAUAUUAAAUUAUAAAUUAUUUUAAGUCUAGAUAGAGUAGAUAAAAUCUGUUUUGUUUCUUGUUUAAACAGCGGAGAAUAGAGUCAGAGGACUGAUCUUGUUCGAGCUGCAUGCAGCUCUGUCGGAGCAUGGUAGAAGAUUGGGACCGGAAGCUCUUCAGGGAACCCUAAUCGACUCGAGGAAGGUAUUGGCAGAGUCAUAUGAAUUACUUCGCUACGAGCCAGAAAUCCUCCCCGAAGGCAUGGUCGCAGUCCACGCGUACAGAAAUCUCCGCAGCCUGGAUGCAAUAAUCGAAAAGAUGUGUCAGAAUUCGAUCAGUCCGCUGUAAAAACAAGAAGUCUGUCGAAGUGCCCUUUAAACAACAUAAAUCACCCUCAGCCUUAAACAAGUGCCCCGAGUUGCACUAAAGAGCGACAUCGACCAUUAGACAAUUUGUUAGUUAAUAUUAUAUCAGUGCACAAUUAACGUUACUCUUCAAGGUAAACCAGAAAUAUGAUAGCAACGUUAAUUAUGCCCACCAUUUAAGUUAGACAAUUUUGUACCUAGUACACGAACCAAAAGACAUACGCAAUAUUGUUAUCCUUGACCUGCGCCACAAAAAGACCUACUCUUAAAACUGCUUCGGCUAAUCUUUUUCCAUACAAUCGUUUAAUCUUCAGGGAAGCUACCCACUCGGCGUCGAAUAAAACCGCGCAAUCCUUGGGCUCUGUUAAACAUUAGAUUUUAUUCAAACGUCAUGCCGAAAUGUCGUUAGAUUUACAAAAGGUUCAACAACGCAGACACUCACGGGAAGGGAUGGUCCGUGCCGUCGUUAGUAACAGUUCUAUUAUAAUUAUUGCUUCUUGAUAUGUAAGAUUUAUUAAGGUGAUGUGAAAGCGGCAUCUGAGGAGGUCAACCGAUUUUUUUUUUCUAUAACUUUUCUCCUAACAAGAUGUGCCGAAUUAUUUAAAAUUUCAAAUUAUUCAUGGCACUGAAAUCAUAGAUGGCGCAGGGUGGCAAUCUGCAGUCAAUAAGGGCAUCGAAAAUCACGAAUCCGGGGGAUUUUUGGAGUUUCACUUAGAUCCCCUUACAAUUAUCGUACGGAAACGACACGUGGAGUAUGCCAUUUGGUACAAUAUCGGAUAUAAUUCGACACAGCAGUCGAUAUAAAUACGAAGGUUGGUAACGAAGGUAUUUAGAAGAAUCUUAUUUUACCGACGUCGAUUUAAUUUCUCGACGUGUUUCACUUCACCUUAAGGUUCGUGCCCCGUGGUAAACGUCGAGACUUACCGUGCC